AUGACUUCAUCCAGUGAGGAGGGGUCACCAGAGACCAGCCCAGUGCCUAGUAUUUUUGAAGAGGAAAGCUUCCAGUCUCAAUACAGAGUCCUGAGGACCAUCGGCCAGGGGAGCAACGCUAAGGUCCAGCUGGCCCACCACCGCCUCACAGGUACCCCCGUGGCUGUUAAAGUGCUUCAAAAGAAGAAGAAGUGGUGUCACUUAAUCAUGUCUGAGGUAGAUAUCAUGAUGAUGGUCAACCACCCCAACAUCAUCUCACUCCUCCAAGUGAUUGAGUCUGAGAAGAGAAUAUACCUCGUCAUGGAGCUGGCUGAGGGACAACAGCUUUAUCAAUACAUCCGAAAGACUGGCCACCUGCAGGAGGACGAGGCCCGGGGGAUAUUCAGGCAAAUACUAGCAGGUGUGAGCUACUGCCAUGAGCUUGGAAUAGUCCAUCGGGACCUGAAACCGGACAAUAUCAUGCUGGAUAGGAAUGGAAAAGUCAAAAUCAUCGACUUUGGCCUUGGCACACAAGUCGAACCUGGGCAGAGGCUGAACCGGCACUGUGGUGCUUACUCCUUUGGGGCCCCCGAACUCUUCCUUGGCAAGCUAUAUGAUGGCCCCAAGAUUGACAUAUGGACCGUGGGAGUCGUCUUAUAUUUCAUGGUAGUCGGGAAGGUCCCAUUUGAUGCUGUCACCGUACCAGAACUGCGAAGGCAGGUUGUGGCAGGGAAGUAUACUGUCCCCUUGAACAUGUCAGAACUACUCCAGGACCUGCUUAGCCGCUUAAUGACAGUCAACCCCAAGUUUAGGCCCACAGUGACCGAGGUGAUGACACACCCCUGGCUCAGGGAAGACUUGGAGGCUUCAACAAAUCAAUGUGAGGAAAUGGUCCCCAGCUUGCCUGACCCGGCAAUUGUAGAAGCCAUGGAAUAUAUGGGGUUCCAAGCCCAGGAUAUCAAAGAUUCGUUACGCCAAAGAAAGUAUAAUCAGACCAUGGCGUCCUAUUGCUUACUGCAAGAGCAGGCUCUCCAGGGGCAUGGCUGCACAACCCGGGCUCAGCCCAAGAAUCCAGGGGCGACUCCAUUCCCUUCCCUUGAAGAUCCUGCUGCUUUCCCUCUAGAACUGAGGAGGAGGGGAAGUGAGCCGGCCCUUGGCACAUUACUCAGAGGGCCAGCCACUUAUGGUCAUGUGCCUGCCUAUGGCCAGCAGGUGGGUCAAAGAGGAAGCAGACGUCCCACUGGGUCUGCUCUGCAGAGGCCAUCCACACCGGAUCAAACUCACCAACGUGCCAAGAGUGCUCCCUGCAUUUACUCAACGAGCAGCAGCAGUGAGAACAUGGAAGACUUAGGCUCCCACGGCCCCUCAGCAGAGGACAAGCCCACCCACAGACAGGGCCAGCCCAGGGGCUUGAAGGGAUGGAUAAGGAGGAUAGGAAGCACCCUGAGGGGACUGUGUUGCUGCUUUCCCUCAAGAAAGAAACCUCGCCGAGGGCAGAACCGAGUCUCCCCUCAGAAAUGA